AUGGAAGCAGAAAGAAUGAUGGCACUCUACCACAAGACUAUUGCCCAAGCAUAUAACAUGACCGUUAACGCUCAAGCCUUCAAGCAAGGAGAUCUCGUGCUAAAAGUCGUUGAACAUGUAAGAAGGCAAGUGUCGGGACCUUCCAAGUUUGCCCCACAAUGGGAGGGUCCAUUCGCAGUCAAGGAGGUACACAUCAGCGGUUAUUAUCGCUUGAUCUCUGUCAAAGAAGGCAUGCUAACUGAUCCCAUCAAUGGAAAAUGGCUCAAGCCCUACUACUGCUAA